GACUGGACGUCGAAUUUCGGCGGUGAUUCCUGCCAUGGCGGCUGGCGCCGACGAGUACUUCCCGUUGCGAACGCCCGAAGGACCACCACAAAAGGGGGCUGCAAGGCAAAGCGACUUGCGACCCUCGUGGAAGGAGCGUUUUUGCAAGUUCUUGCCGAUUCUGGAGUGGCUUCCCUACUACAACUGGAAGGAGUACGGCCUCAAGGACCUGUCUGGCGGGAUUACCUUGGGCUGCAUUCUGGUCGCCCAGUCUUUGGCGCAUGCAGAUCUUUGCAAGGUGGAUUUGAUCCAUGGGCCUUACAGCUGCAUUUUGCCUCCCAUCCUUUACUCUCUCUUCGGCACCUGCAUCCAUUCGUCCAUAGGCACAGGAGGUCUCAUAAGCCUUCUGACGGGAGAGCAGUUGGCCCACUAUGGCGACCUAGAGCAACGUACACAUGCAGGAGCCAUUUUCACCCUCCUCGUGGGUUUGGUGAUCACCAUGAUGGGCGUCUUUCGCUUAGCCUUUCUCGUGCGGUUUCUUUCCAAGCCGGCGCUUAGCGGCUUCAUCACUGCGAGCGCCAUUCUCAUCAUGGCGUCUCAGAUGAAGCCCAUGUUGGGCCUGCCCAAAUCGGACACGGGAGGCAUUUUUGCCAUCGCUUGGUUCCACCCCAAUGAGUUGGCAGACCUCCGCCCCGCCACCAUCGCGGUGAGUCUGGGUGCUUUGGGCUACCUGUCCAUCAUCAAGAGGCUGAAAUCGCUGCAUUGGACUCUGCGAAUGCUCGGCGACUUCAAGGAGCUGUCAGCCUUGACCUUCUUCGCGAUCGCGGCCAGUAGGUUUGCCUCUGAAUUUGGCGUCGCUGUCGUUGGAGACGUACCAGCUGGCUUGCCGGGAUUAUCCUUGCCAUUGCAAACGAAAGAUGACGUGGCUUUGGCCAAGGAGAUGCUUCCGGGUGCUAUCAUGGUGGCCUUGGUCACCUUCUUAUCCUCCUUCGCUGGAGCGAAGAAGUUUGCCAUGCAAGCUGGCUACCAGGUCAUCGCCAUCAACGAGUUGUUGGCCUUGGGUUUUGCCAACUUGGGCGGCGCCGUGUGCGGGGCCGUGCCCACGCAGAUUGGUUUGAGCCGCAUGGGCAUCGCCUACUCCACAGGUGUCAUGAGCCAGUUAGGCGCCAACAUCUAUGUGGCGGCCUUGGUGGCUUUGGUCUUGAAGCUCUUCAGUGCCUACCUGUUUUUCGUUCCACGAUGCGUCUUGAAUGUCAUCAUUUUGCUGGGUGCUCAGCAUCUGACGGAGUUCCAGCACAUGCGAUGGCUGUGGUCAUUGCGGCAGACCCGCACGCGGCAGCGAACGUAUUUGGUGGAUGUCAGUGUGUGGUGCGUGGCCUUUCUCUUCACCAUUGUCUUCGGAGCCUUCAAGGGCAUCCUUGGAGCGGUCACGGUGUCGUUGCUGAUGGUCCUCUAUCAGGUCGCUGACCCACCAAUCGCACGGCUGGGCUUUUGCGAGGAGCGCGGCAGGUGGAUGGCGGUCAAGGCUCACCAUGAGGUGCGUCAGCGCUUGGGCGUUGUGGCCUUCCGCUUGGAGGGGCCGUUGUUCUAUGCCAAUGUCGAGCGGCUUGAGGAGUGGCUCGCAGAAAUGGAGGUCGCCUCGGGUGCCGCCGGGCAGCCCGUGAAGGCGGUGAUCCUCUCGGCAGCAGCGAUGCCCUUUGUGGACACCACUGCGCUGGAAUCCAUGAAGCAGCUGCUGCUGUCCUACACUCAACGAAACAUCGCCUUUCUGGUUUCCAACGUCUCGGGUCAGCCACAGAAGAUCCUCCAGCAUGUCCUGGGUGAUUUGCUGCCCGAAGGAUGCUUGACAUCUUCAUGGACGACAGAGGACUGUGUGAGGUAUUUGAGUAAGCAGGCAGCGGAGGCGGAGGCGUCGGAACGCGCCAUGGCCCAGGCGCUGCUGGAAGUGGACCAGGUGGUGAAAGAGAAGAAGAAGGUUGGCGUUGUCUCUGUGGAAGGCGAAACCACCAAACAAGAUUUCCGGCGCCAAUCAAUGCCCGCGAGCUUCGGAGCACAAGAUCGACCGCUGUCGACGCACUUGGUGACACGUGAUGACCUUGACUUGAAAGAGAUCAAGGAGGAACCUCGUGUUGCAAAGGUGAUGCCCCUACGCAAGUCGUCGGCGUGGGCCUCGAUGCCCCAUGGACUCAACGAGCUGGGCUCGGGUGGAUCACCCAUUGGCCUAUACGCGCCCCCGAGCUGUCCUGACCGCCUGGAUGACUUUGACAUGACGCCAUAAUUCUGAAACCUCGCCAAAGGUACCCAAGUUGGAGACCGUGCAGUUUGCAGUGGUCUCCAUGACUGCUGCGACACGGGAUGGUCGGGGCUGUCACGGUUGCCAUGCCAUGAGACAUCUAAACACUGCGAUUCCGGGAGACGGCAUCAUUCCACGGUUGCGCCAGCCUGAUUUUUUUCCGUAGCACCCCCCGGGCCAAGAAGCGCCCGAAACCCUGCCAAGCAUCG